AGGAGGGGCUGCAAACGCAGCCGGCAGGGAUCUGAGGGGGAAAGAGCCAGCCUGGGCCGGGAAGGCGGCCGGAGAUGGAGCCAGAGCUUGGAGCUGGUGCUCCAUGAGCAGCUCCAUGAUGGGGAGAAGCCCCACACGUGCGUGGAGUGUGGGAAGAGCUUCAGGUGGAUCUCCAACCUGAUCAGGCACCAGAGGAUCCACACUGGGGAACGGCCCUACGAGUGUGGGGAGUGUGGGAAGAGCUUCAGCGUGAGCUCCAGCCUGAUCAGCCACCAGAGGAUCCACACUGGGGAGAAGCCCUAUGAGUGUGGGGAGUGUGGGAAGAGCUUCAGCGUGAGCUCCAGCCUGAUCAGCCACCAGAUGAUCCACACUGGGGAACGGCCCUACGAGUGUGAGGAGUGUGGGAAGAGCUUCAGCGUGAGCUCCAGGCUGAUCAGGCACCAGCGGAUCCACACUGGAGAGAAGUCCUAUGAGUGUUCCAAGUGUGGGAAGUGCUUCAGCUGGAGCUCCAGCCUGAACCAGCACCAGAGGAUCCACACUGGGGAGCGGCCCUACGAGUGUGGGGAGUGUGGGAAGAGCUUCAGCCAGAGUUCCCACCUGAUCAACCACCAGAGGACCCACACUGGAGAAAGGCCGUACAAGUGCUCCGAGUGUGGGAUGUGCUUCAGCCAGAGCUCCGGCCUGAUCACGCACCAGAGGACCCACACUAGGGAGAGGCCCCAUGAGUGUUCCAAGUGUGGGAAGAGGUUUAAGACCAGCUCCAUUCUCCUCCGGCACUAUCGGAUUCACAGAGAGGAGAGGCCCUUCCAAUGCCCCGACUGUGGGAAGGGAUUCAAGCACAACUCCACCCUCAUCAACCACCGGCGCAUCCACACUGGGGAGAGGCCCUACGAGUGUGAUAAAUGCAGGAAGAGGUUUCCGACCAGCUCCAGUGUCCUCCUGCACUAUCGGAUUCACACAGAGGAGAGGCCCUUCCGCUGUCCCGACUGUGGGAAGGGAUUCAAGUACAACUGCAACCUCAUCACCCACCGGCGCAUCCACACUGGGGAGCGGCCCUACGAGUGUCCCCAGUGUGGGAAGAGCUUCUCCAGCAGCUCUAGCUUGACCCAACACCAACGGAGGCACCGGUAAGGGAAGCCCUGUGAGUGCCCCGAGUGCGGGCAGAACUUCGUGCACUGCUCCAGCUCCAUCCCCCACUGGAGGAGGCACUUUGGGCACAGCCCAGGUGAGCCACAUUCCCUGUGAUCCAUGUUGAGAACAUACCUGGCUGCUUUGCCUUUUAAUUUCACCUUAAUUUUUCUCUAUUCUCCAUCUCUUUGCACUGCAAAAGCCAAGAGGAAUGGAUCUGUCACCUCCAAACCACUCAAAUCCCAGUGAAAACAGCUCAAUCUUACCCCAAAAAGAGCUCAAACCCACCUCAAAAAACUCAAUCCCAUGCCAAACUCACUCAAUUCCGCAACCACCAGGCUGAGAUGAGGUUGGGAAAUGAUUUAGAGUCGUGGGGUCCCAAUUAGAGUGGUGAGAUGGAGAUUGUGUGGGGCUGGGUGUGUGGGAUAUAUUUGACAGCAAAUAAAACUCUGAGACUUACUGA